GUAUGUAGGCUGUUCAACAGCAGUUCAUGAUGGCUGCUGCCUGUUUUGACAACUCAAACCAUAUAUAGAAAGAUUAUUCAGAGAGUGAAAAAAAGAGAGCUCCGAAUUUUCUUUCGUUUCUAUAUUCAUCAUUUUCAGCCCAAUAUUUUUGUGCAAAUCACCGUAUCGCGCAUUGAACAAAUUAAUUGUUAGCCCAUUUUUUGAUACUUGUAUUCGAUUUCGAAACAAAUAAACACGACGAAAAAAGAGUGUUGUGCGAUCGACUAGGGGAAAAAAAGAAUUCCGUGAAUGUCUUUAUGUUAUUCAAUUUUGAAAGUGGGUAGUAAAUCAAUGUAUCGAAUAUGAAGUGAAAUUGCCUACAAAAUAUACACAAUUUAGUCAAUAAUAAUAAAUCACAUCCACUCGAAAGGGGUAAUGUUAUAAAUUAAACGCGACGAUAUUCCGAACUUCAACGAAAAUGCAAUCGUGCUAGCAACAAAUUUUCUUAAUUUCCUAAACUGUGAACGAAUUCAAAGUGUAAUCGUGUGGUGUGUGCGUUUGCAUCCACAGAUAGAGUGUCUUUAGCAUUUUGAAGUGUUUAACUCGGUUUCUGUUCUAUUUUGGCAUAAAAUAACAACAAUAUUUUUUUUAAAAAUAAAUAUGUCGACAUUUAAUGUGAUAAGCGUAUGGAUCUGCGACGAGUCGUUAGCAUGAAAUUUCGACGAAAAUUCCAUUAAAACCAUUAAUGGUAUCGACGUAAAACCAAAAAAUCACAUAGAAUUAGUUAUGAAAUGGAUUCGCUUGAGCCAAAAUGCUAUCAUGUUAGCAGUGCUAAUGCGGUUCAAACAGCCUCCGUUGGUACACAAUGUAUGGAUGGGGCAACGAUUGGCACGACCAAUGCCACCAACAAUAGCAAUACAAACGACGAAUUGACACUGACUAAGUCGAAAGCACAGUUGAACUCAGGAAAUAGCUACAUAAAUAUUGUGCCAAUGCAAAUGGGGGUUCAAUAUCAUCAUCAACAUCAGCGACGCAAAUACCCCCAGCAAAUUCAAUCAGACUAUCAAUCGUCUUCAAAGAUAUAUUUUAGUGGAAAUGGUCGGGAUGAUUACUAUACGUUGGCAUCGACGCCAAUUUCAUUGUCAGAGCCCGUUGGAAGUGCCGGAAUGAUUGCCAGUCACAAUAGUUCGGGCAUGUCAACGCCACUAUCGAUAGCCGUACAGCAGCAAACGCAAAUGCUUCAGCCGAAUCAACAAACAUCACCGAUGCCACCACCUCAGGCACAAUCGAAUGUACCAUCGGUAUUGUAUACAGUACAACGAGUCAUAACCACAUCACAAAUUCAAAGCACCGAAAUGCUGGAGUGCAGCAGCACAGCGGCCACGUAUCAAGCGCACUCACAUCAAAUGAUGUCACAAAUGACUGAAACGCAACAGAACACCAACUAUUAUGGCGCACCAUCAAACGCAGUACCAAACAAUACAGUUUCGAUAAAUAGGCCAAUGCAAAGCGUGAUUCCGACGUGUGUUUAUUUGAUGUCACGAGUGGCGGUACACAUGGAAAUCGAAGGCACUGCACAAUGUCCGGCUCAAGUGUAUUUAGCGGCAGCGUUAGGCUGUGAAGAGCUUGGUAUAUCAAAUAAAUUGCUAGCACAAAAUAUAUUCGCUUUGUGGAUGACGAGUGCAUUGCUUGAGAUCCAGCUGAAACCGCAGCAUCGACCAUUUGGCGUUCGUGUUUCGUGGCCAAAGCUUCUGAACAAAUUCAGCAACGCAAACGCUAUACAGAAACGAUACGAUGAACCAAUGGUCCAAUUGAGACGAAAUGUGUUCGUUUCAAAGCGGGAAGAAGAGAAAAUCAAAGAUCCAAGAAUCAUCGAACUACUGUACGAGGAAGCUAGGCACAAUGUGUUAAACGGUCAUUAUGUUCUCGAGGCGGCACACUCAAUUAUGCUUGGCGGCAUUCAAGCACGCAUCGAACUCGGCCCAUACAAUAUGCACACGCACACGAUUGGCUAUUUCCGAGAGAAUCAAUUUCGCUUCUUGCCACAGCACGUAGCGAAAAACACGAAUUGGUCAUGGAUGCCAAUUAGUCGAAAGACAUCGGCUGAAGUAAAACUACUCGAACAAUACAAACGAGUGCCAACCACAGCGACAACUAGAAAAUUAAUGCGAAAAUAUUUAGAGUUUUGUUGGGCAUUGCCAUUUUAUGGUUCUGCCUUUUUCCAUGCGCAAAUCGAGCAGCCCGUUCGCGGCCUUAUGGGUUUAUUCAAUCAACAAGACGCAUCGGUUAUAGUGGCCAUUAACGAACGUGGUGUUUUUAUUAUUGAUAACAUAAAUGGGAUUCUUCUUCUUGGAUUGAAAUACGAGGAACUGUCGUGGGACUUGGCCAAACCGAGUGCAACAGAUGACCCAGAUUGUUUGCCCUGUAUUUUCAUUCAGUUUGAUGCCGUUGAAAAUGGAAUGCACACAUCGAAAAUGAUGCAAGUAUUUUCAAAGCAAGCCCCAAUGAUGGAUGCCUUAAUAGCACACUUUGCCGAGCAAAUGCGACGCCGAAAAUUGGGUGAAAAUGGACAACCACCAGAAAAUGUAGCUGAAGAACCAAAUCCAAUUCAGAACAAUGGCUGUGGCGUUUUAAGUAACAAAUUAUCAAAACUUACGCUGGCUACAUUCGACGAAGAGGGUCGAUGCAUCGGUCAAACGGGCUCGUUAUCAAUAAGCUAUUGAUAGAGAUUGCGGUAAAUCAAAUGGUUUAAUUCAAGAAGAAGAAAAAAAACAUUAAGCACACAUUAUAAACGAUUAGAUGUUUUAGGUAAGCGAGUGAGUGAUUUGAAAAUUUAGUGUGAAACGGAAUCGAAUACGAAAAAAAUGGAAACAAUUUUUUGUUGUUAUUUUCAAAAAAUUAGUCGACAACAUCAAUCAAGUGACAACAAGUAUCUAGUGAGAUUUCAUUUUAAAUGACCACCACUUUUUAAAUUUGACGAUAUUUUAAAGAAAUAAAAUCGAAUCAUUUAAUAACCUGCGUUGCACUGAACGAAAAUUCGAGUGGCUGGAAUAUGGAAUUUCAUCGGGUCUCGGUCAGAAAAGUGAAGAACGACAAAUAGAAAAUGUGUGAGAUAUUCAAGUGAUUGUGUUCGACGUGAAGUUAAAUCUAGUAAAUCUAUUAAAUACGAUUCGACUAUGUCGAGGCAGCGAAAUUGAGACAAAAUAUACUUGGCAUAAAUGUAACAGCCGAAGUCAAAAGUGAAAAUUGCUUGUCAAGUGUAUUAAGGGAGAUAGACUUACGAGCACUGGAAUGUAAUUCCAAGAAAUUUGAUUACUAUCAUCGGCGAUUUGACGAAAUUGGGACACACAUGGCAACGGGGGUUUUCCUUAUCAACUUCUCGAUAAGCAAUUCUUCCGAGUGAUUAACACAGUGGUUGUAACUUUGAGUCAAAGUUUUGUCUUACUUUUGCUGGUUCGGUCCAGUCACUUCGAAUAUAUGAACAAAUUGGAUAUGGGUAAAAUUGUUCUGGUUUUGGAUUCAUAUGAAAGGGAAUGUGUAAAUGAACGAACGAAGGGGAAUAUGACAGACAAACACACACACACACAGAACAUAGUCUAAAAUAAUCUCAAUCAUAUUCGUAUUAAAGGGAAGUUCUAAUCUAAUGUAAAAUGUAUCAUAAUAAUGAUUAAAGUGACAACUAACAUCGUAAUCGUUUUCCAUUGACCUGCUCCCCUCACUCGAAACUCACACACUCACAUAUAUAUAUCCAAUUAAUUUCAUGAAUCACCAAUCGACCCCGCUGCCCGUUCCCCAAAAACCAAAUGUUUUCCUCAGUUUUAUAUAUUCAAAUUAAAGUUGUUAGCCAAAAGAAAGUUGUUCAAAAAACCCUUUAAAUUUACGGAUUAUCUUAAUUUCACGUUGAAGAUAAAAAAUCAAUUUUCAAACACAAAAACACAACAUCCCUAUACAUAUGUAAGAAGUCUCAUAGCAAAUGAAAAUCAGUAUAAAAUUCGAUUCUUUCAUUGAUUGCGACAUAUUCAACUAAAUCCAAUUCAACAAUUUUUACCUAUAUUUUAAGUCGUUGUUUUAUGUAAAAAAUACAGAAAACAAUAAUGAUGAUAUGAUCCUCCCCCUGAAACAUUAUAGACAUUGGCAUUUAUUUCCGAUAAAGUUCGUAGUUUAGUUAUGUUCAAAAUGGGAAAAGAACGUUGCUUUUAAAGCACAUUAUUAUCUCUAUUUUAAAAUGAAAUUUUGACAAAAAAAAACACACACACACAAGAAUUUAAGAAGACAAGAACAAAUUAAAAUGUGGUUAAGAAUGAAACAUCUCAAUGAUGUAGUAGAACGAACGAUAUAAAAUUAGACACUAACAAAGAAAAUCUUAGCCCAUAAGAACUGUGAAAAUAAAAGAAUAAAAAACAAAAACAAACAAAAAUACAACAUGACAUAGACGAAAAAUAUUUUUUCCAAAAAAUAAGACAAGUUCAAAUGAAAUUAUGUAAAUAAACACAUGAGUAAAAAUUGCAA